AUGUCGACCAGCGCCUGGGUGGGCACCUGGAGACCCCACCGCCCCCGCGGCCCCAUCGCCGCCCUCUACAGCAGCCCCGGGCCCAAGUACGGGCUCCCCACCAAUGUCGGGUACCGGCUGCACGACCCGUCCCGGCACCGCGCGCCCGCCUACAGCUUCGGCGCCCGCACGGCGCAGCAGCUGGACGACCGCUCCCCGGGGCCCGCGUACAUGCUGCCCCCCAGGACCACCGCCAAGGGCAAGGACGGGAUCCCAGCGUACUCCAUCUACGGCCGCCCCCGGGACCUGGAGCCCUUCCGGACGCCCGGGCCAGGCUGCUACUCACCGGAGAAGGCAGGGAAAUGGGCAUUCCCCUCCGCGCCCGUCUACUCCCUGCGCUCCCGCACCAAGGAGUUCACCAGCGACCAGACACCGGGCCCCGCCGCGUACCGCCUGCCCCCCAUGCUGGGGCCCCGCAUCGUCAGCAAGAGCUCGGCCCCCAACUACUCCAUGCCAGGACGCAGCAAUGUGGGCGCCUUCUACGAGGACCUGUGCAAGACACCAGGACCCUGCAACUACCGCGUGGUGGACGCCAAUGUCUACAAGAGCCGGGCGCCGCAGUACAGCAUGCUGGCGCGCAACCCACCCCCCGGGGACAGCACCGUCAAGCCAGGGCCCGGCGCCUACAACCCCAGCACGGGCCGGCCGCAGGGGCUGACGUUCGGGAUCCGGCACUCGGACUACCUGGCCCCACUCAUCGUGGACGUGCCCGACUAG